AUUCAUAUUUUUUUAUCAACUAGAAUUUGUCUUUUUCUAUGGGAGGAGGUGGUUCAACAUUGCGUAGUUUAUUCCAAAGAUCAAAUGAUUACUCCCAUACAACAUCGUACAAAACUCCGCAGCACCCUUUGAAUCCUGUCAACUAUGAUCAGCCUAGAACUGCAUACAGGCUACAGAAGAAGUAUUCCAAGAUUGGUGAUAAUUAUAGUUCACUCAGUCAAGUAACUGAAGCUUUAGCUCAUGCUGGUCUCGAGUCUUCAAAUUUGAUUGUGGGGAUUGAUUUUACAAAAAGCAAUGAAUGGACAGGAAAUAUUUCUUUCAACCACAAGAGUCUGCAUGACAUUGGAGACACUCCAAACCCAUAUGAGCAGGCUAUAUCUAUUAUUGGAAGAACACUAUCUGCUUUUGAUGAGGAUAAUCUAAUUCCUUGCUUUGGAUUUGGAGAUGCAUCCACACAUGAUCAGGAGGUCUUCAGUUUUUAUCCUGAUGGAAGACCUUGCGAUGGUUUUGAGGAAGCACUGCAGCGAUAUCGAGAAAUAGUUUCAAAUCUCCGACUUGCAGGGCCAACAUCAUUUGCUCCUAUUAUUGAAACUGCAAUAGGCAUUGUUGAUAGCACUGGCGGUCAAUAUCAUGUUCUUCUAAUAAUUGCUGAUGGACAAGUGACACGGAGUGUUGAUACACGAAAUGGCCAGUUAAGCCCACAAGAGAGAGCUACCAUAGAUGCUAUAGUGAAAGCCAGUAAUUAUCCUUUGUCAAUUGUAUUGGUUGGAGUUGGUGAUGGCCCAUGGGACAUGAUGCGGGAGUUUGAUGAUAACAUUCCUUCACGGGCAUUUGACAAUUUUCAGUUUGUAAAUUUCACAGAGAUCAUGUCCAAAAAUAUCCCAAUCAACAGAAAGGAAACAGAUUUCGCCCUUUCUGCUCUCAUGGAGAUUCCUGCACAAUACAAGGCGACAUUAGAGCUCCAGCUUUUGGGUUGCAGGAGGGGGACUCCUCUGCGAGUUUGUCUUCCACCACCGAUUAGGAGCUGCGAUUCUGUAUAUAGCAAUCCAAGAUACUCUAGAGCUAACAUCUUUGACCAAGGUGCUGGGUAUCAUAAUUCGGCAUACAGCAGUCCGAGAUACUCAAGAGCCAGCAGCUUUGACCAAGAAGACACUGGUAUUAAUAGGGGCACAACUACUGUCCCAUCUGAGAGCUCUCUUGGAGAUAGAAAGGAAUGUCCCAUCUGCCUUUAUCAGCAUAAGGAUCUUGCAUUCGGCUGUGGGCACCAGACUUGCUAUAAUUGUGGGAAAGAUUUACGGUUAUGUCCUGUCUGUAAAAAUGUCAUCUCCACUCGAAUAAGGCUCUACUGAAGAUUUGGACUUUAUCGAAAGCCUGGAGGACAUUGCUACACUAUAUGUCUUCAAUUCUAUUUUCUUCGGCUCAAAUAUUCUAUCAAACUUUUUCUAUUAUCAAAGGGCAGUGGUUCAAGCAAAUGAUGGUAACAUAUUGUAAAUACCUGCAUUGUAUAAACCAUACAUCUUGCUCGUUGUUGCUUCUUUUCUAUAUUGUUUUGUAGCUCACUGUAAAUAGCUUGUUAAUAGAUUUGAAAAAUGUUUUAUUG